CUGAAAAAAGGAAAAGAAAAGUGGUCCUGUCCCCAGGAGCCACAGCCUUGCCAUGCUUCUCCCUCUUCUGGGCCCUUCUCUGGCUCAGACUCCCCAGGAACUUUGUUCCCUUCUUUUCCCGGCAGGCUGCCCAGCGGAAGCUUCGCCAGGCCAGCACCAAUGUCAAGCACUGGAACGUUCAGAUGAGCCGACUCAUGCACCCUAUCCGGCCUGGAGACAAGCGUCCUCCCAACAGCAGCUCCUUUCCUGGCUUCCAGCCUUCCCUGCUAGCCCGGCGAGACUCCUCUCUGAAGCUUCUGUCCCGGUGGGGAUCCCGGGACAGUGAGACACCUGCAACCAACAGUUGUGAGCUCCAGGAAUCCCUGCAUAAAGAGGAUGAAUCCUCCACCCUUGCCUCCACCUCUCAGGAAGAACAGGAGUUCAAUUUGGAACCACCCAACUAAUCUCCCUAAGAGCCUCUGCCAUGACUUACACAGC